GCCAAGCUGUUUAUUAUUGUAUCCUAGUGAUAUUUCUGUUUUUCGUUUUUUUUAUUUACGUGAAUUUAAAGUUUUUCUUUCUCGCGAUGUUAUUCGUUUGCAUUUUCGACAUUAAAUGUACAAAGGCACCGAGGUUGUGUUGAUGUUGGGUUGCCUAUCAGCGCUGGCCAGUUCCGCCCUGUGGCUGCUGGUAGCAACUUUCUUCAAUCAGUCGAUUUCCGGAACGCAUAGCAUCGUAGGUUCGACUAUCGGUUUCAGUCUGGUCGCCCGUGGAAUGCAAGGACUCAAGUGUAGCACACUCGGAACGAUCGUCGGAUCGUGGUUCAUUUCACUUGUGCUCAGCGGUAUGAUAAGCGUGAUGUUCUGGUUCAUUCGUAGAUUCAUUUUGAAAGCCAGAAACCCACUCAAGCCUGGGCUGUUAUCAUUGCCUACGGAGCCACACAUGGUAGUUAACGUAUUCAGUAUUGUGCACGAUGGACCGAAGCUGCUCUACAUGGAUAACAUCCCAACUUGGAUGCCGGUAGUUAUUAGUGUUUCCGUAGGACUGUAUGGUUACUGUACUCGCGCAGCGUUUUGUCGUGCCUUGGCAGAAGAACGAGAUUCUGAAUCAGAAGAAAGUCACACGCACUGAAUUCAUUUGUAUUUGGUAUGGUUAUCUAUGUUUACAGAAGAUUUAUUUUACAAAACAAAAAAAUCGUUUUUACGUAUCACAACGAAUUUUUUUUUAAAUAAUGUUAUAUCACAGAGAACAGACGUCCAUCUUCAGCAUUCAA